GAAUCCAAUGUAAUUUCUGCAUAAGCCAUACCCGAGUCAAACCAGUCCUGUACCUCCACGAUAGCUUUCUGGCUGUAUUACAGAAACAUAGGAAACAAACCAAUGCGGAUUUCAAUUCCUACCAUCCCUCAUAUGGUCAGUGCCUCAAAUGCACAGAUUAUAUCUCCUGCAGCGGCGGUAGAGCGUAUAGCCAAUUUUUUGGCACCGGGCAACGUUACGGUCUUAACUGGAGCAGGUGUGAGCGUUGACUCAGGCAUCAGAGCAUACCGAGGAAAAGAUGGGAGGUACAUGAACCCAAACUACAAACCCAUAUUCUACCAUGAACUCAUAGACGAAACCAACAUAGGCUAUCCACCCGUUCGCGCAAGUAGGCCCAACACUACCCAUUUUGCUUUAGCAGCUUUGCAAUAUACCUCCCACAUAACCAAACUGAUUACUCAAAAUGUCGAUGGCUUACACCAAAAGUCAAUUGCACAUCUCUGGGAUGAUGAUACUAUACCGAAUAAUAUAUUAGAGCUGCACGGGACCCUUCAUCGAGUCCAUUGCAAAUUCGGUCAUAUCACUACACGGGAUGUUUUCCAGGACCGACUCUCUGCUAAUAAUCCACGGUGGAGAGAAUAUAUGGACGAACUAGAAAGAACCGGAGACCAACCAAGAACAAACCCGGACGGUGAUGUCGCAUUAGAAGGAGUGUCUUAUGACGAUUUCGUUGUCCCAAAUUGCCCCCAAUGUACGUUAGAGGGUCGCCAUAAUUCAAUUCAGAAGCCUGAAGUGAUUUUCUUUGGGGAAUCUAUACCAAAGGCUGUGAAGGAACGCUCAUACAGCGACGUCGAGCAAUGCGACAGGCUAUUCUUAGUAGGCACGACGUUGGCGACCUACUCGGCAUUCAGAUUACUGAAACACGCUCUUGACUUACGCAAACCCGUGAUGAUUCUUAAUGUUGGCCCGACUAGGGCGGAUGCAUUGCCUGGGGUCGAGAAAAUAGAACUGGCUAGUGGCCUCAUUAUCAGAGAUGUUGUAAGAGCUGUUAUCGGUUCUCGAGCCUCUACCGACCCUCAAAUCAUAAACCUUCUCAAUAGUGGGGUCCUUCAACCACCGGACGACGACAGAGUAGCAAAGAGUAGUUGAUCCUUGUACUGACAGGAAACAUGUGCUCCUAGAUUAUAAUAAGUUUAUGAUAAGGAGUAUAUAGGUCACUGAUGGAGGUAUAUACAAGAACUCCAGCGUAGUAGAUGCAGUAAGAUAUAACGAAUGCAGAGAGAUGAAGCUACAUGGGAAUAUUUUGAACACGAGAUGUGAAUGAAAACAAAUGUAAAGAUAGCAUGAGUGUUAAUACGUGAGUAGCGUAGCAAUGUGAGACUAGUCGGGACAGUCGAAACAGCAAAAAGAAAGGAAGUAACACAGCAAGAGUAGCAAAGACACAAAAAGAGCGAUAGAUUAUAAAGAAAAGUAUAGUGAUUUUCAUUCAUGAUGGGUUGACUUGCGCAUCCGGAAGAAGCGAGAAAGUCGCUGCCGGAUCACCCGAAUAGUCGUGAUCUUCCAUGAUGUCAUCUUCGUCUUCGUCACCUUCAGUAGACGGGGCCUGUGAGGUGACCAUCCAAGCGGGCGGUUUGAGUUGUCUCCAGUCCCAAUUCUGCCAACGGUCAUGGUUCACGGAGAGGUCCCUCGUUUGAGUACGUCUUGAUUGUUGGAGGUAGUCCUGGAAAGCAUGGUCUGGUGGAGGAACCACAGGAGAUUUUGGGGAGGGAGGCGCCUCUUCCAGUUCUGACAAAGGAGAUUCCUCUUUCACGUCACCAAAGCUAA